GUUAAACACAGCAAUAUGUGACCUGUUGUUAAUAUCUUGCGUGUUUUUGUAAUAACAAUAUUGUCCGCCUCCAAGGGAACACGUGGCAACAGAGUUACAAGAAAUUCAAAUGGGAACAGCAUUUGCGCAAGUUCGACAUUCUCUCUUUGGCGCCGCAAUGCUUCCUGCGAUGCGCUUAGUUUCGCGUGAGCUUGCAAGAGUGGAGGACGCUCUUGCGACCAGUAAAGAGCGUGUAAACGUGCGGAUUCAUCGAACAUCCCAUGAUAAUGCAGAAAAAUCCUAUCUACAAUAUGACCUUCGAUAGACCGAACGAUGAACAACGUUUAUCAACGAUAACGAGGAUCGUAGGAGUAUGCACCGCUAUUGUUGUAUGCGGCGUCGGCGUGGAUGUGGCGUACCAUCGACACGUCAUGGGGCUUUACGUUACGGCAGCAUCGAGUGUAAUUUUCUUCCUCGAAGUAACCUGGGCUAUCACAUUAUUCGUGCAACUCUGCGUCAGAAACGAGGACUCUCUCUGUUUGCGUUGCUGGUCUAUCGUUCUGACGGUCAUACGAGGCUGGCGAAGAGCGUUGUUUUACUUACCAUUGUCCUGUCUCCUGGCGUGGCGACCUAAUAAACUUUGGCUAUCCUAUGUUGCAGCCGGCCUGCUGGCGGUACUAUCCUUACUAUAUAUUGCAUCGAGCGCGCUAGAACGACGAGAUACUUGCCAAUCGAGAAUAGGCAUCGAUUCGGUAGGUGAGAGCCUCUUGAAUUCCAGGCAAGAAAAUUAUGAUCGCUUCGAGGAAGUUCUGGUGACGGAGGUCCUUGAUGAUGGCGUGUCAGGAUCAGGACGCUGUCCCGGGGAUAGCGACGGAGAGAUAUGACACGAGCGACGGUCCUCCUGGGCCAGCGAAACUGAUGAAGAUAGCGAACUUGAACAGAGAACAUGUCAGAUAGCCACAUUGUCUUAGUUUCUGGCAGUAAACCAGAAAAAUUUCGCCUUGAUUUCAUCUAUGUCGAGGAAAAUCGACAUCGAUUGAAUAUCUGAUGGUUCCGAUGGCUUGUGGCAGGAACAAACGCGAGAAAUGUGCAAGACCAAUAUAAUGUCUUUUAAAAUUAUAUGACUGAGAUAAUGUCAGAGGAAAAUCAUCAUGGAAGAUCCAAUAAAUUCAAGAGUAAAGAGGAUGAAAUGUAAACUAAUUUGUAAAUCUGUGACGAAAGAAAAACGAUAAUAUUAUCGCUGGAUAUAUUAUCGCCGUGCGUGCAUCUAAAAAAAUGAAUGUAAGCGAAUAUUUUUCUUAGAUAGAAAAUCUCGUUAAAAAUGAUUUUCUAUACAUUAUGUAUUUAGAACAUAAUAGGUACAAAUGUAUAGUAUAUUGCAUAACAUGUACAAAACAGUCGUAAAACUUCAUUACGAUCAUUCGAUAUUGCUAUUAAAUAUAAAGUUGCUAAUAAAUAUUUAUUAAAAAUA